UAAAAUUAUUGAAAAAUGGGGAAAUGCCAAUUCCAUUUAUGUAGGUAUUUCAUUUUCCUCAAAGUAAAAUACGAGUAAGAGUAGGUAACAUAUCAUAAUCAUAAAUGACGCCAUCAGCCAUUCUUUCAUUGUUUUUUUUUUCCAUUUUUUUACCCAUUAUAAAAGCAGGUAUUUUACUUGGUUUACAAUAAUUAUGUCAGGAUUUCCUCGCUUUAAUUUACCCCAUAUCCUGGAUUCAAGUUGAAUUGUUGAUAGAGUAAUGGGGGCAAAAUGGCGCACUAGGGUAAGAUGACUUUCCGUAAUUUUUCAAAGAGGAGAAAUUACCAGUAAUUACCAAUAAUGUGAUAAGAAAUAAAGAUACGAGUUAUGUUUCAUCCAGUUUCGUUGCGAGCUCCACUACUUAUCAGUAGGUAAAUGAUUAAAGUUGCACUCUUGCACGUAUUUUUAAUGCUAAAGUGAAGUUUUAACAGUUUAAUAUCGUGAAACAAAGUGAAGGACUAUUUUGUGAAUAUGGCGAAAAAACGUGUUCGAACCACUGACCGUAAACCAUUCACAGCAAAGCAGCUGGAAAACGCGAAGAAGUUACUUGCUGAAGGUUGCUCUUUGCGCGGAGCCGCUACAAAAUUAGGUGUGAAAGAAUCAACAAUGCGAAGACACAUUCGUAGCAACAGUACCAGCGAAUCAUUAGGACGUUUUAGAAAAGCAUUUGAAGAUUCUCAAGAGAAAGAAAUUGCUCAAUUUAUCAAAGAUCUCGAUGAAAAUUUUGGUGGAAUUCCCAAAUGUAAACUAGGACCUUUGAUUUAUCGAUUUGCUGAAAAAAAAGGCAUAGAGCAUAGAUUCAGCUCGGCGAAAAAAUCAGUGGGUAGGGAUUGGAUUGAUUCGUUUCUAUCCAGACAUAAUAUAUCUCUUCGUACGCCUCCAAAAACAUCUGCCGAUGGAGUCAAGCAUUUUAACCAGGAAGAGGUGAACUUAUUUUUUGAAAAUUAUGUCGCACUCAAGGAAUUAUUGGAUAGCGUCGUCAAAGAAUGUGCACAAGUGGGUGAUAUGGACAAAUCGGGAUCUUCAUCCGCUGUAUCUAAAUCGAGAGGAAAUACGAUUGGUCAGCGAAACAAGCGACGUCGCGUUGAACAGGUAUCUUUGGACGCGGUCGAUGACGAAUACGAGCAGUCGUUCGACAAUGAAGAAUUCCUGGAAACGCAAGACUCCCCUCAUGAUUUAUUAACGGUCUCAUUUCAAGCAUGCGACGACGAGUCCUAUACGAAUCAUCAAAUAAAAGAGGAAUCCAAAGACGAAGACUCGGAAACUGAGAUCGCAUCAAGGUGUUCGGCGCCUUUUGAAGACGAACCAGCAUCCUCUACGGCACAUUCUUUAACAUUUUCAAACCUAGUGGCCGAAGUUGGAACCCCUCGUUCGUAUUUUUCCACGAACAAGAGUCCGGUAUCAAGUUCUAACGCGCCUUUCGAGUCGUCUACGUUUCGAAGGACGAGUUCGGACCAGAAUAAAAAUUCGUUCCGUGGAGGAGUCGUCGAUACGUCCUUGGGGCAAAUGGACGAAUUCGAUAUAUUCGGCAAAAACGUCGGUAUCCAGUUGAAACAGCUUCCUUUGGAAAACGCGCUCGAAUUGCAAGCUAAAAUACACCAGUUGAUUAUUGCCGAAAGGCUUAAAGUAAUUAGACAGAAUAAAAAGAACGGCUUGAUUAUCGAAGACAACGAUGAUGCCGAAGACGACUCGGAUCUGUGAUGUUUUCCCUUUUCUCGUACGUUACGAUUACGAUUUUUAUUGUUACCUUAUCUGUGAACUUAUCUCUAUUUUUAAAAUCAAUCGAGAUUCCCUUACGCUAGAUCCCAUACCUGUAUAUACCUAGUGGAUUCUUUUCAACGAAAGUGUACCAUACCCAACCAGUAACCAACCAUGCACGUUGCACGUGUAUGUGUUGUGCGGUACCUGGAAAAAUUCCAUUCAUCGUUUCACCCAAACACUUGCCUAAAAGUCUCUCCGGUCGCUUAUUAACAAAGAGAUGCACGCGAGGUCAAAAAUAUACCUCAUUGAAAAAUGAAAUUCAUUGUAUGCUCUUGUACUUAAUCGUUUAUGCUCUGCAUCCACAUUCCUCAGACUGGCCUAUCGUUCGUAAUUUUAAACAUGCUGAUCGUCUCGAAGAUGGCGCUGUGAUUUUCCAUACAGCUUUUCGAAUGAACUUUUCGCUUUAGAUUAAUUUGAUAAUAUGGAUGCGUCUGUCUCUAUCUGUAUCUAUUUGUGUGAUCGCCUGUAUGGUAAUCUAUCGCAACCAUAGAUAUACUAACACGGUUUCUUGAUUCUUGACAAGUACAAGGACGUACGACGUUGAUAUUCUGCGUUGAUUGAUUGUAUGAUUGGAUAAAUUAGUUUAAAUUAAUUCGUUUGUUUCGUAUCAUAUCGAUAUUAUUAUCUCUGUCCGGAGAUGACGUUUGGGUAAUUUAUGCGAAUUGGGAACUUACCUUUGACUAAGAAAUUGGGAUAAGAAUCACAGAUGUGUGCAUUUAAUUUACGUGCCAUGAUUUUUGUGCUAAUUUAGUUUUAUUAAUUUAAUACGAUUUCCCUGUAUUCAUUGAUAUCGACGUUAUCUCGUUUAAGACGUAACGUACUUAGUUGAAUGUGGGGAAAUUAUCUAAGUUUAUUUUUUGAAAGCUGUGAUGUCAAGUAUUCGAUGUAGCAAAAUAUUAGCUGAAUUCAUUUCAGAAAAAGAAGGAAAUGCAUCCACCAUUAGUAUUAUAAUAUAAUCUAAGGGUACAUCUAAACGCACAUAAUGUAUUUUUAUCACACCUAGAAAUGAAAAUUGGCCACCAAAAAAUGAAUAAAUUUGAAUUGUAUGAAUGACAUGAAAAUAACGUAGGUACAUAACAUAAAUGUACAUAUAGGCUAACCAAUUUUGUAGUCAUAAUUUCCAUAAGUGGUACAACUCUCAAUUUCCUUGAGCUUUAAUAUGGUUAUACCUACCUAUGAAUUUGUAAUUAAGAAUGCCGCAGUAAUUCUAAGUUUUUUAAUAGUCCUAUCAGUACCUAGUUUAAAAUCUAUCCAUGAAAGUUCUCUUAAGUCGCUAGUGUCCAUUAUUGUGUGGUGUUUUUGACUUUAGUGCAUUGGUGAAAGUUUAUAUGCCGGAGUAUUUCAGAGUCAUUCAAUUCAAUUCAAUUUUUAAAUACGUAGAUAUUCUGUUCUGGGCUUCGAGAUAAAAACGAUGGUGGUUUGGUUUGGUUUGGUUUCAGUUUCGGGUGUGUUGAAACCAAAGUCUUUGGUUGAAACAUUUUUUGUUUUCAACUUCGAUUUUCUAAAAAAAAAUAGCCUUUUUUUGAGAAAAAAAACAACUUCUUCAAAAUUUAAUGAAUUGUAUUUUCUUCAUGUUUUAUCUUUUAGCUGAACUAAAUAUUCGUACAAAAAGAUGUAAUGAAAUUAGUACAUAUAAUAUUUAAAAUUUUCAAUAUAAAUUUUUUGAUCCUUCAAAUCAAAAUUUCAUUUUAAAAAGUAAAAUUUGUUGUAAAAUUUUCAAUUUUUAAAUUUUAUUAAAAUUAUUUAAUUUUUUAGCGCGUUUUAAAUUCGUUUAGAACACUCGGAAAUUCACUGAUUUAAAAUUGGGCAUGUUCCAAACAAAAAACAAAACAAAUCAAACAUUUUUUGCCAACAGGGUCAUUCCACGUCAGUUAGAUUAGAUCAAGAAGUGGUAGGAGGGUUCGGCGAUUUUUUUGAAUUUUCUUCUGUGGAAAGACCUUCCGAAAGAAUGACCAAUGGCGCAAAUCGCAGCCCUCUAGCCCAUUUUUAAAGGCAGCCAGGGGAUGUCAAAGUUUUCAAUGAACCUAAAAUAUCAUACAUUUCAGCAGUGGAUUACUCGGUAACCGCGAUACCUGCCAAAAUGGAAUUUUUCCCCAUAGUUAGCGGUUUUGAAAGGUUUUUUGGUGAUAUCAUAAAAAUCAGUGUUGCCACUUUUUUUCGUACAAAAAAUUAGCUCAAAAAGUUUCAAAACGUAGUUUUCAUAUCGUUCCGACUCUCAAAAAUUCUGAAAAAAAUAUAUUAUGGACAACUUUUCAUGCUGAACAACAUAUUCAAAAAUUAGGAUGGCAACAUGUUGUAAAGUUUAUUUUAAAAAAUUUAAAAUUUGCGAAAAAAAUGCGAUUUUUUGAUUUAAAACAUGAAAAAAAGUUCUGAUAGGUGAAGUUACCCAUUUGGCCCCUAUUUUUACAUAUCUGUUGAAAAAAAAUUUAAAAACAAUUUCACUCGAUGAAAUGAACUCACAAAAAAUCAAAAUUCGAAAAAAUUCAAUUUUUAAUUUCAAACAUCAAAAAAAGUUUAAAUUUAUUCAGUUGUCUUAUUUUGACCUCUUUCUGACGUAUUUCAUGAAAAAGUUGAUAAAAAUUACACUCACAACAAAAAAUAAACAUUCGUUCACUUUUUUGAAUCUUUUCGAAUUUUGAUUUUUUGUGAGGAGUUCAUUUCAAGUGAAAGGAGUUUUUCAACUUUUUCAACAGAUACGCAAAAAUAGGGGUCAAAAUGAGUUAACUUAACCUAUCAAAACUUUUUUCAUUUUUUAAAUCAAAAAAUCGCAUUUUUUCGCAAACUUUAAAUUUUUUAAAAUCGAAUUUGCAACAUGGUACCAUCCCAAUUUUUUAAUAUGUUGUUCAGCAUGAAAAGUUGUCCAUAAUAUAUUUUUUUCAGAAUAUUUGAGAGUCGGAACGAUAUGAAAAUUACGUUUUGAAACUUUUUGAGCUAAUUUUCUGUACGAAAAAAAGUGGCAACGCUGAUUUUUAUGAUAUCAACAAAAAGCCUUUCAAAACCCCUAAUUAUUGGAAAAAGUUCCAAUUUGGUAGGUAUCGCGGUUAUCGAGUAAUCCACUGCUGAAAUGGAUGGUAUUUUAGGUUCACUGAAAACUUUGACACCCCCUGCUUGCCUUUAAAAAUGGGCUGAAGGGCUGCGAUUUGCGCCAUUGGUCAUCCCUUCGAAAGGUCUUUCCACAGGAGAAAUUUCCAAAAAAUCGCCGUACCCCCUACCACUUCUUGGUCCAAUUGACGUGGAAUGACCAGGAAUGACCCCCAAUAUUUUAUUUAAUUUUUUAAAAAUUAGUCGUAAAGGAUUUGGAAUUUGCUAAAAAUAGCCAAAAAAAACUGUACAUGAUAGAUUUUAAAAAAGUCCAAUGGCCUAUAUCUUGUUUUGCAAACACGGAAAACAUUGUUUUUGGUCGCAUUUUGAUAUCAGCGUCGGCGAUGAUAGUAGUAUUCUUGAGAUUGGGUCAACUUUUUUGACAAAAAUGAAAAAAAUGUAUUUGUAAAAACCAAAUUUUAUCAAAAAACAAAAAAAAAUUAGUCACUAAAAAAUGAGAAAGAGAAAAAAUGGCUUAACCUUACUUACGAUAUUUUCAUUCACUAUCCUUCAUGUAGACUAUUUUUAUAAUUUUUUUUUUUCAAAUCUCGAUGCGUUGAAAGGCUGAAACAUAUAUUCGCAAUAAACAUUCUGAAAACGUAAUAAUAUUUCCUUCAUGUGAACUUGAUAAUACGACGAGUACCAAUAUUACCUACCUACCUACCGUUAAGACAACGCCCACAUAAGAGAGUAAAAUUUUCGCAUCCGUCGUACCAGCUCCUUACCUUUCUAAACUUGUGUACCUAGUCUUUACUUGAGCUCGGCAAAGGUAUAAAAACCGCAAUAAUUUCGUAUUAUAGAAUUUUAUUAUACAAUAACGUGCAAUUCGCAGUGAUUUACGAUACAUAGUCACGUUAACCUAUUGUAAUAGAAAAAUGGCGUGGAAUACCUAGUACUUUACUUAGGUAUGUAUUUCGAGUAAAUGAAAACAAAAAAAUGGUGCCUUUUUAAAAACCUUAUGGAAAGAAACUCGUGCACGUAAAGAUAAUAGGUACAUAUACGAUGUUUUGCUACGUAUGGCAUACUUGAUACACAGCUUGAUGUGAUUUUCUCAGGUUAUAAGAUUUUCUAACGUUAAUGUUUAUAUUGUAAGUAUAAGAAUAAGUACGAGAUCUCAUUAUGAUGAUCUGUUUGUUGUACCGAUGUACCGUACCUACAUUAAUAAAUUCGUUUGAGAAUUUGUG